AAAAAUAUUUUAAAUUUAAAUUAUCAUGUCUAAAGGUUUUUUUAAUUUUGGAUUAAAGUCUCCUGCUAUUACAUCUAGUACUCAACAAAAUGGAAUUACAUUUGGAACAAAUACAACUGCUCCGUUAAACUUUGGGAGUACCUCAACUGCACAGACAGGAACAUCGUCUUCUACUUCAUUAUCGAAUGUACCAUUACAAUUUAGUUCAGGGCAAACAGCCUUUAUGUUAAGUACCCCUACACCUUCCUUAAAUUUAGCAUCAGGAUUGAAGGCUACGACAGCUAUUACAUCUGGAGGAGCAACAACUAGUGGUAGUCAAACACAAUCGUUUACAUCAUUAACUCCAAAUACAAAUAUAGCCAGUGCUGUGACUUCCUCUAUUAGAAUAACAACUACAUCAGCACCUAUUGUGGGAGUUUCUACAGGUUUUGCACCUGGUAGUAACACAACUUCAGGGGUCCUGCCUACACCUACAACUUGGGGUAGUUCAAAUACGUUACAACCCCCUCUCAAUUCUACAGUUACAACAUCAACAUCAAACUUGACGUCUAACGUUGGUUUGGGUGGAAUUUCAACUGAUGUGAAAACUACCACAUACAUAUCCACUCAAAAAGAAAUAUCACCGAAAGAUCAAUCACUUCCUAAUGAAAUUCUUAACACAGUUGAGUCCUUUAAAAUGUUUGUAAAAAGUGAAAAGGGGUACAGUUCAGAUAUAUCAAGAUGCUCUGCUAAAGAAUAUAAGAAAGUAGAAGAUGACAUUGAUAUUUUAAUUAAUACUUUGAAUGAUAUUGAAUCUGAACUUCAUAAAUACAGAGGUGUGACAGAAAGACUUAAAUAUGAUGUUGCUAGAGGAUUACAGUAUAUUGAAAUGGCUCAAAGAACUCAAGAUACUCCACCAGGAUUGCAAUAUGAUAAUACAACUCCCAUGCAGUUCUUCAUCGACUUAAUAGAUAAUUUUGAAAGGGAAAUGCAUACGUUAAAGAUUCAACUAGAGGCUUUAGACAAAUGGACAAAAAAUUCACAAAACUUAAGCAAUAUUACAUCAGAAGAUAUUUCACUGGGUAUGAAAAGACUUUAUGAAACAUUUGUUGCAUUAGCAGGACAAUUUCAAGCUCUUCACAAUCAAGUUGAGACUCAAAAAGAAAAAUUCUUGAACUUAAGAAGAACUAUCUUGAAUGACCCAACAAAUAUAUUUGAUAAUAGUUCUAAAAUCGACCAAAAUAAUGAAGGUAUACACAACAUUACAUACACAGUUCCACUCAUUCCUGCAGGACCAACACCAUUUAAUAUAAUUGGAAAAACGCAGGCUUAUCUGAUUUCUCAAAUUGCUAAUCCAGGUGUUAACAUGGUCAACCCAGCACAGGAUUCUUUUGGUAGCUGUUCGCCAUUUAGAUUACCAAACAUUAGUUUUUCAACAUCACAUUCUCCAUUUCAAUUAAAUAAACCUCCAAUUGGAAACAAAAGAGGUAAAAUAUAAUAUAAUCUUGAAUUACUUUCUAAAACAAAAAUUUUAAACUCUAAU